GGUCCUGUUUAGACUCCGCCCCUUUUCCCCUCUGCUUGGUCGGCUGAAACUUCAUCUUUCUUGCUUUUAAACUUCAUCUUUCUUGCUUUUAAACUUCAUCUUUCUUGCUUUUAAACUUCAUCUUUCUUGCUUUUAAACUUCAUCUUUCUUGCUUUUAAACUUCAUCUUUCUUGCUUUUAAACUUCAUCUUUCUUGCUUUUAAACUUCAUCUUUCUUGCUUUUAAACUUCAUCUUUCUUGCUUUAAAAACCUCAUCUAACUUGUCUGUUGUCCUCCUCAUCAGCACUGAAACACUUUAAACUUUGUGUGAGAAACAUUCUUUAAUUUUGGAGCGAGGGAAAGAAGAAAAGGAGGACAAAGUGCACGUUGGAGCCACACUUUGGCUUUUGGACACUUUUUGUAGUUUAAUGUGGACUUUUUCAUCCCAUGCUGCCUUUAAACGUCGAUCUUGUUGAUCCCGCUUGAAGCUGCAUGCUGCGUUUUGCUGAGUCAGCCUUCUUCAGCUUCAACCACCCUGAAGAAGUAAAGAUGAAGAGCGUGACGCCCCCUGGUGGCCAAGGUGAUGCAGGGGACCACAGACCGUGUGCAGACAUGUUCAAUGGGCCUCACCGGAGCAGUCCAGCACAGUCCCUCCAAGACCUUGGCGAGCGAGCCGAGUCGGACCACAGCGCCAUCGUCAGCUCUAUUGAGAAGGACCUCCAGGACAUCAUGGACUCCUUAGCUAUGGACGAGCCUCAGUCUUGCUCCUCGGAGGACAAAAGGCCCCCCGGAGGGCCCAUGGUCAAUGGGGGGGUUAGGUAUUUGCUGUCCCCCCUCACCAGUCCAGGGGCCAUGUCCGUGGGGUCCAGCUACGAAAAUACAUCGCCAGCCUUUUCUCCGCUGUCCUCCCCUUCAGCUGCCAGCAGCCCGACUCCUGGUGCAGACCCCCAGGACCAGGUGUCCCCUCUGCCUCUCCAGGACCAGGUGUCCCCUUUGCCUCUCCAGGACCAGGGGUCCUCUCUACCUCCAGUGCCUGCACGUUCCUCCAGCUAUCAUUUCACCAGCCAGCCCCGGACCACCAACUGGGAAAGUGUUAAAGGGAGCCCUGGGCUGCAGAGGAGGGUCUUAGGAGACGGUCUAAGCCCUAAGCCUAGUCGCAGAGGAUUAGGCCAAGACCUGUCUUCACAAGAAUGUCUCAGUAGCAGAACUCUAGUGCCAAGCGGCCUCACUUCCAGGCUGCAAACAUCUCCUUUUCCCGUGCCAUCUAGUUCUAGGACCAAGAUCACCACAGUGCUUCAGGAAAGGCCUCCCAGUCCUUUGAGAGGGCAGACUCUCUCGACUGAUGGCUCCAGUUCAUCCAGGCAACCUUUCCAUCCUAAUCUGGCCUUUCAGCCUCCUCUGGAUCCUGUUGUCCAUGUCAUCCAAGGAUCUCCUGCCAGCCCCGGCAUGGCCAGGAAGAACCUAGAACUAAACGGUGCAGGAGGUUACGUGAGAGAACUUCCACCUCUAAGUCCCUCCAUCGCUCGAAGAGGCGGCCAAGUUGCCACCAUGAAGGCCCCGGAGAGCCCCUCAAGUCUGCGGAGGCCAACCCCAGAGGGUCUCCGGCUUCAUCCUAAGUUUGGAACCUUGCCUGAGGAUCUGACUGGCAAUAAAGGGAUGCGGGCUCGUAGUCCCUCCCCCACCUUUCCCAUGAAGGAAGGUGGCUCACCAAAGGCCACCUCUGGACACGCCUUGUCACCUGCCUACAGUCUGGGUUCUCUUCCCGGCUCCUCCCCCAUCGCCAGUCCCAGGUGCACCAGGAAGAUCUCAGCAGUGAGGGAGAGGAAGAACAGCAUCUCAGAGAUCAGUGACAACCAGGACCAGCUGCUGGACUAUCACCGCCGUCAGAGGGAAGAACGACUCCGAGAGCAGGAGAUGGAGAGACUGGAGAGACAACGGCUGGAGAGCAUCCUCAACAUGUGUGCCCAAUACAACCAAGGAGAGGAUCCACUGGGUCACACCAGGGCAGCUUUCCCUGGUGGCUUCUUAGAAGGAUCACUGCACACCACCUCCACUGAUGGUGUCCUGGGAGGAACAUCUUCUCAGCGUCUGGCACACACCACCUCCACUGAUGGUGUCCUGGGAGGAACAUCUUCUCAGCGUCUGGCACACAGACAGAGUGAGGAGGACAACCUGAAGGAGGAGUGGAGCAGUACAGAGAGCACUCAUCAGGAAGAUGAAGAUGGACUCCUUCACCUGGAGGAGGAGCGAGUCCGAGUCUUGUCCCGGAUCGAUGAAGUCCAAAGCCAGCUGAUGGAACUGGAUCAACAACUUCAGGAGUCCAAGCAGGAGGCUGAGAUGGAGCGUGCUCUGCUGCAGGGAGAGAGGCAGGCAGAGGUGGAGCAAAUAGAGGCGGAGUCAGACAUCAUCAAUCAACUUCAGCACAAACUCCUGCAGCUGGAGGGUGCCAUCCAGCACGAGAGAGACCAGGAGAGAUGUAAAGUGGAGGAAGAGCGUGGUUCCCUGCAGAGACUACAAGAGAGUGUGAGUGAGCUGAAGAGGAAGCUGCAUGAUAGUCCUCAGUCUCUGCACCAACACUUGCAGGAAGAGUUGCAGAGGAAGGGAGAGGCGGUGGAAGCAGGAAGUAAGAAGUUUGAGGAUUUGGAGUUCCAGCAGCUGGAAAGAGAAAGUGGCCUUGAAGAGGAGAGAGAAAGUAUCAACAAGCAGCUGCUGGACUUCCACUGCAGUGUGAGCACCAGGAAGGACAAAGUGUGGAGCCUGGAGAAGCAGGCUGCUGAAGUGAGCCUGCAGGCCAGUGAAGAGCAGCAGAGUGUGUCCCAGCAGAGGAGUGUGAAGCUGCAGCUGCUGCACAAGGAGAAGGAGAAGGUUGCUGCUCUGGAGAAGAAAUAUUGCAUCAUGACUGGAGGGAAGAAGCUUUCUUCUGCCAUCAGAGAAAGCCCCCUGGUGGCGACUGACAGCGUGUCCAGGAAGUUGGUGUCUACUCUGCAGAGCAUCCACACCAACAGACAGCUGACCCUGCAGCAGACAGGUCAUCAGGUGAUAGAAGAUCAGCGACGUCGUCUGGCUGAGUUGAAGCAGAAAGCGGCGCAGGAAGCUCAGUGUCAGUGGGAAGCGCUCCACGGUUCACUUCCUCACCUGCUCACUUCCACCUCCUGUAGCCCCGCCCCCUCACACCUGCUGCGCCACUCCUUCCUGCACCACCGCCCCCCCUCAGCUGGAGAGCAGCCCUACGACACACUCAGCCUGCACAGCUCAGACAGUCUGGACACCUGCUCACCUGACAACUUGUCCAGUGUUGUUGGAGCCGAGCAGUUGAAGAUUGAGGAGAUGGAGAAAAAGCUGAAAGAAGCACAGAUGGAGAAAGCAAGACUUAUUGAGUUUAGGGAACAGGAGAGUGCUGCUCGCCUUCAGUUGCUGGAGGAAGAGAGGAGGAUGAGACAGGAAGUGGAGAGAAGACUGCAGGAAGAAAGUCUUCAUCGCCAGAAGUUGGUGGAAGAAGAAGUGAAGAUGAGAGCCAAGAACUUCUCUCAGGCUCGUCCAAUGACACGCUACCUGCCCAUCAGGAAGGAGGAGUUUGAUCUCCACGCCCACAUCGUGGCGUCGGGUCACAGCGUGGACACGUGUGGUCAUGUGACCGUGGCCCCCACCUUCUGCAGAGGUCACAUGGUCAAGAUGGGCGGGAACAUCAAGUCUUGGAAGAAGCGCUGGUUUGUCUUUGACCGCCUGAAGAGAACCUUCUGCUACUACAUGGACAAACAGGAGAGCAAACUGAAAGGAGUGAUCUACUUCCAGGCCAUCCAGGAGGUGUACUAUGAUCACCUGCGCAGUGCUACUAAGAGUCCCAACCCAACUUUGACCUUUUGUGUGAAGACUCAUGACCGUCUCUACUUCCUGGUGGCGCCCUCUGCUGAGGCCAUGAGGAUCUGGAUGGAUGUCAUCGUGACCGGAGCUGAGGGGUACACACACUUCAUCUAGUGAGGGGUACACACACUUCAUCUAGUGAGGGGUACACACACUUGAAGUGAGGGGUACACACACUUGAAGUGAGGGGUACACACACUUGAAGUGAGGGGUACACACACUUGAAGUGAGGGGUACACACACUUGAAGUGAGGGGUACACACACUUCAUCUAGUGAGGGGUACACACACUUGAAGUGAGGGGUACACACACUUGAAGUGAGGGGUACACACACUUGAAGUGAGGGGUACACACACUUCAUCUAGUGAGGGGUACACACACUUCAUCUAGUGAGGGGUACACACACUUGAAGUGAGGGGUACACACACUUCAUCUAGUGAGGGGUACACACACUUCAUCUAGUGAGGGGUACACACACUCUUGAAGUGAGGGGUACACACACUUGAAGUGAGGGGUACACACACUUGAAGUGAGGGGUACACACACUCAGACUCUCACUCUGACCAAAGUUGCCAAAUGUUUUUCUUAUUCUUGAUUCAACAAUUGUUUUAUUUUGGACUUUGUUGACAAACAUGCCGAAUAUUUGUUUAAUCGUAAAUGAAGUAGUAUUUCAUAAAGUAUACAUGUUUACACUAAUAGUACACAGCAUCAUGUGGAUUAUAUGUAAAUAAUCCAAAUCAUUCAUGUACUCAUUGUAUACAUGCGUGUAUUCAUUGUAUACAUUCAUGUGCUCAUUGUAUACAUGCAUGUACUCAUUGUAUUCAUUCAUGUACUCAUGUUAUACAUUCAUGUACUCAUAGUUUAUAUUUUGUACUCAUGGUAUACACUCAUGUAUUCAUGUUAUACAUUCAUGUACUCAUUGUAUACAUUCAUGUACUCAUCUUCACAUCUUUUGAAUACAAUCUCUUAUUUCAGCCA